AUUUUAUACAGAGAGCCUAUAGCAUUGAAAGGGUAAACAGCCACAUAGCUGUACAAAUUAUACCCCUGUCUGUGUUGGUGGGAGUUAUCAUGGCCGACUCUGGGUAAUAUGUAAUAUGUCCAUGGUGGAAUAAUUCGACAAAUCAACCAACUGGAACGGUGUGGAAAAAAGAACUUUCCCUGCUUUGAUAUGAGCGAGACUACGAAGGAAAAUGUUAACUUAAUACAAGAAAAGAAUGGAACGGGAAAGGAUAUCUCGAACGUAGACAAGGCUCGUAACAGGAUGAUUGCCGAGGGCUACAAAUAUCACGCCUUGGAUGGAAGUUUGUCUGGGUCAGACUCAGAAACGGAAGCAGUAAAUGUGGAUCGUUCGCGGACACCACGACAGUUAUUAUGCUACACGGUGAAGAAGUCGCCCGGAGAAUGGAAGCGGAGAAACCAGCAGUUCAUCUGUUUCCUGGUUUUCUCUGUCUGCCUGAUAGCUAUUUUGGCAUGUGUGGUUAUCUGGCAGUACCAGAAUCGGUACAGUGGAGGAAACACACAGAUUUGUGACACGCCGUCCUGUGUGAAGACGAGCGCCUACAUCCUACAUAAGAUGGACACUUCUGUCGACCCCUGCGAUGACUUCUAUAACUACGCCUGUGGUAACUGGAUAAAGACGACCGUCAUUCCCGAAUCCAAGCCAAAGUAUGGCACAUUCCAAGCCAUUCAGGAUCAGAUCACUGUUGAUCUAAAACAGGUAUUUAAAUCGGACAGUAUCCUGUACAAGGGACAUAACUCUACCGCAAUACAGAAGAUGAAAACUUACUACAACACGUGUAUGGAUACAGACGCCAUAGAUAAACUGGACACCCAACCUGUCAUAGAUGUAAUUAAUAAAUUUGGGUCAUGGACAAUUAGUAACACCUCCAAACCGUGGGACCAGAACACCUGGAACUUUAUGGAUACACUGGUCAAAAUUGCCACCACUGGACUCAAUGACCCGCUGCUCUCGAUGGGCGUCGGUAAUGAUGACCGCAACAACAGCGUCAACAUCAUAAAUAUCCAGCAGAGUGGUCUAACUUUAGGAUCCUGUGAACUCUACUACACUAACAACUCUAAAUACCAGGCCCUGAAGGACGCCUACAUUGACUACGGAACGAAGUGGACCGUUUAUCUUGGAGCUGAGGAAUCUGAAGCCAAGGCCAAGAUGGAGGCAAUUUACAACUUUGAGCAGCAGAUAGCCUUAAUUUUCAGAACCAAGAAAGAGUUACAGGAUCCAGAGAAAACGUACAACAAAAUGACGAUCAAGGAGCUUCAGGAUAAUUACUUGGGGUCAGACUCCAUGAUACAGAUAUAUGACUACCUUAACCGUGUGUUUGGACGGGACCUCCCAGAGCACACAGACAUCUUAGUAUCUACACCACGCUACUUUAAAGAUCUCACACCCCUUCUAGCCAAGACACCAAAGAGUGUUUUGGCUGACUACAUGGUAUGGACCUCUGUAAGCAUCUUAUCUGGAUACUUACCUCAGCGAUUUAUCGACCUCGCCCUCAUCCUUGCCAAGGUGGAGACAGGUGUGACCAAACUUGAUCCACGCUGGAUGCGUUGUAUGAAUAAGGCCGUCGCUACUGUUGGAUACGGUGCUGGGGCUCUGUAUGUUCAGGGUUACUUUGCUGAGACGAGCAAGGCACAGGUGGAGGAUAUACUAGAAAAAGUAAGAACAGCAUUCCUUGCUAACCUACCGAGCGUAAGUUGGAUGGAUGAACCAACUCGAGUGAAGGCUGUUGAGAAAGCAGAGAAAAUCGGCAAGAAGAUAGCGUACCCAGACUGGAUUUUGGAUCCCGUAAAACUUGACACUUAUUACGAAAAUCUUACAGUAACUUCGGGAAAGUUUGUGGACAGUGUGUUCCAGGUUUUACAAUACAGUGUACGAAAAAAUCUUGAUAAACUGGGAAAGCCUCCCGACCCCACAGAAUGGGCCAUGAUGCCGACUGAGGUUAAUGCAUACUACUCGCCAACCUAUAACAGCAUCGCUUUUCCAGCAGGAAUUUUACAGAAGCCUUUCUUUGACCCAGAUUUUCCAGUUCCGUUUAACUUUGGUACAGUCGGAAUGAUCAUCGGCCAUGAACUAACUCACGGAUUUGAUAAUUCAGGACGAAAAUUUGAUGUGAAUGGAAAUCUUCAUAAUUGGUGGACGAACUCUUCAAUAGAAGGUUUUAAAAAACGAGCAGGCUGUAUGGUGAAACAAUACUCCAGUUAUGAGGUGGAAGAUCUUGGUGUCCAUAUACGAGGGGACACAACUCUAGGAGAAAACAUUGCUGACAAUGGAGGUGUUAAGACGUCCUACAAUGCCUACAGGACAUGGCGGAACAGCCACUCUGACAAACUACUUAAUUACCCUGGCUUGGAUCUAGAUGAUGACCAACUCUUCUUUGUUGGAUUUUCUCAGCUAUGGUGCUCCUACUACACGCCUGCCUAUGCUAAACAAUCUAUCAUUACAGAUGAACACACGUACGCCAAAUACAGGGUGAUUGGAGCCUUGUCAAACUCAGAUUCUUUUGCCAGAGCCUUCCAUUGUCCAAGGAACUCUCCUAUGAACCCUGAUCAUAAAUGUGUGGUGUGGUAAUGAAAUUUGAGUUAAAAACAUAACACCUGCAGAGGCUGACUAUUGUCCAGUUAUUUCAUUUAUAAAAUUUGUAAGUAAGAUAAAACAUUAUCUUCAACAAUAUUUGCAAUUUUAACAUAAUUUCUAUCAUCGAUUUCCUGGUUAUCUGUUUUUUUUUUUUUUAAAUACAGACUUCAGUUUUAAUUCCAAUACAGUUUUAAAUAUAUUUAACAAAAAUCUGCUGUAUACCAUAAAACCUGUGUAUUGUUAUCUCCCCUUGUUUUAUAAGUUUGUUAAUUGACUCAGAUUACCUAUGUUAAUGAUUGGUAAUGAUACAUACCAGUGCAGCUGUCCUCUGUUAAUUUACCCACGUACAUACGUAUCAUAAAGGUAGUAUACAACCUUAAUAAUUUGAAUGAACAUGUUGUGUACUGUAUAUGGUAUUUUUUUUAAUGUUUCCUUAAUUAUAUAUACUCAGCAAAUUACUUAUUUUUCAAAUUUAUGCUUGCUAUCUUAUAUGUAUAUUCAGUGGACAAAUUCAAAAGUGGUGGAAAUUUUCUCCCGUGGUUCAGAUUUAUUUGUUUUUUAUUUUUAUUUUGCUUCGUUCUUUUUUUUUGCCAAUAUAUGUGACAAAAAGGAAUCCCCUCUCCUCCCCCAAAAAAUUACAGACUAAAUACUGUAUGCAUAUUUCUUCAUUAAUGAAACAAUCUGUUAUUCUUGUAUCAGAACUGUAUUUUUGCUGUCUUUUGUCCUCUGGAGGUGACUUUAGCAGAAGGAUUUUAAUGUUCCUCCUCUAAUUUACUCAAUUUCAAUGGUAGAUCUUGAGGAAAUUUUGAAAAAGUAAUUUUUCAAUGAUGGUAGAUCUCAAAGAAAUUGUGAAAAAAGUAAUUUUACAAUAUAUAUUGUUAUGUGAAAUGUUUUUUCUUUUUUUUUUCAAUUAUUUUUUUCCAUUUAAUUGUGGAUUUUUUUUUUUCAAUUUAUAUUCUGAGAAAUCCAUCAAUUUAUAGUUAAUUUAAUUUAAAAAAACAGACAUCAGUAUGUAUAUUUAUUAGAUUUUUUUAUACAUAGUAAUUAAUUGUAGAUAUCAAAGAAAUCCAAUAUUUGAUCACCGUGAAUUCAUUAAUUUAUGAAGAAAGAAUACAUUUUUAGAUUUGGUAAAGCCAUUAAUAUAAAUAAUGUAAAACAUUUAUAAAAAAUGAUUCCCCUAUUACACAGAAAUGUAUUAUUGUAAACAUGCACAUUUUAGCAGUAAAGUUAUUUUAGUGAUAAGUUACGUUUACAGUAAUUGAUAAUAAUAAUAUAUUAAACAAUGUGAUUGAAAUCUUAUGUCCCAGUUAAAUUGAUAAUAAAGAAAUCCAUUGAAGCAUGAUUUCAAAACUAUGACGUAUUUUUAUAAGUCAGAUAUCAAUAGAGAAUUAUAAAAAUCAAUUAAUUGAUAAUUAAUUUAAAAGGUUAUAUAAUAUGCAUAAUAGUUACUUGUAGAUAUAAAAGAAAUCCAUUAUUUGAACACUUAUUUACGAGACUAUGACAUAUUUUGAUGAGUCAUAUAUCAAUAUAAAAUUCUGAAAUUCCAUUAUUUUACAUAUAGAUUGUGUCUUGUAGAUAUCAAUGAUGUCAUACUUUAAUUGACAAUUACAGCAAAAUCCUAUAUGUAUUAUGUUUUUGUAAGCGUGUGAGACAGUACAGAAGUGUUAACUAUGGCAUAAGUCGACAGAACAACGUGAGACAGAACAGAAGUGUUAACUUUGGCAUAAGUCGACAGAACAAUGGCCAUGUGGCUGGUGAGACGAAAACUAGAUAUAGGCAGAGUCAUGUAGGUGGUAAAACCUGUAACUCACUAAUAUUGGUGUACAUUGUUAUUAUAUUCAAUGUACCAAGAUGUAGGUUUCUACCUUUUACAUCCUGUCAAAAUAUUCAUAUGUUCAUCUAAGGACAGUACAUAAUACUCUUUCUAUGACCUCAGUCGGGAAUUUUAGAACUAACACAAAUUAAUGUUCUAAUAUAUAUAAAUACUUAGUUUCAAAUUUCACUUUCCUUUCUUUGACUAUAUUUUCAUCUAAAGCUGUAUUUGAAAUUUAACUAUAUCUAUUUGGAAAAUAUUUUCUUCUUUACGUAAUCAUGGAAUUAAGACCACAUGUUCUUUUAUACAAUAGUACGGAGUUCUAGUAUUUGUCUGUCAAUUUUAAUGCACGGGUCCAUUAACUACAUGUAGAUGUAUGGGUAUUCGUAGAUGUGAGAGUUCUAGAUACUUGUUUGUCUUUUUUAAUGUAUUGGGCCAUUAAUUAAAUGUAGUGUGGGUUUAUGUAGAUGUGAGAGUUCUCCCUAUUCGUUGUCCUUUUUUAUGCACGGGGCAAUAAAUUAGAUGUGUGGGUAUAUGUAGAUGUGGAAGUUCUAGAUACUUGUUUGUCCUUUUUAAUUCACUGGUCCAUUAACUAGAUGUGUGGGUAAAUGUAGAUGUGAGAGUUCUAGCUACUUGUUUGUCCUUGAUAAUGCACGGGACCAUUAACUAGCUAUAUAGAUGUGUGGUUUACGUAGAUGUGAGAGUUCUAGAUAUUUGUUUGUCUUUUUUAAUGCAUGAUACCAUUAACUAGAUGUGUGGGUUUAUGCAGAUGUGAGAGUUCUAGAUACUUGUUUGUCUUUUUUAAUGCAUUGGACCAUUAAAUAGAUUUAUGGGUAUUGGCAUAUAAUGUAAGAGUGAUAUAUAAUAUAUAGUUAACAUUCAUAUAGGCAUAAUAAUUCCUAAUAAACUAACAGACUUACUCAUAGAUGUAUCCACGUCCGUGAUCAAUCACAGGAAUCUCAUCAAUACCAGAGACAUGUAUAUAUGUCUCUGUCAAUACGUACUAGGUAUGCUUACAUUAAUUAAAUAAACAACGUUUAAUUGUAUUGGUAUGUAUGGUUGUGUAUAAUUAGCAGGGAAUCUCUUUUUGUUGUUAAUUUUGACCGUGAAACAUUGUACUAGAUUGAUUGUGUUGUGAUAUUGAAUUUGAAAACAGGGUUGUGUUAUAAGAUACCAAAAUGAAUGGUUCCAUAAACCUUCCCAGGGUUUCUCGGAGGAGGGGUUGUGAAAAUAGAAAAAUAAAUAUCUAAGCUUGACGUUUUGCAUACAUAUAUAUAUAUAUGUAUAUAUUUGCUUAAAUAAAUGUAGAAUAUUUCAUUAUCUGUAACUUCCUGUUAAGCUUUUAGCUAUAACUAUAACUACCUGUCAUAAAUGUUAUUUAAUCCAACAAAAGUAGGAACAACGAUACAUGAAUGUUUUCCAGUUGAAAAACUUCGUGAUUUUCCGCCAAACUGUCGGCAACCAAUUGUGACGACGCAACGUCGUCUUCAAAUGACGAUGGUCAUUUCCGUAGGAUCGAUUGACGCUCUGAAAUGCCGGAGCUAGGGAAUAUUGACAUACGCCUCUCAUAUAAAAGUAUCAUUAAUCGAACCCGACAAAUAACAUCUGUUCCUAUUAAUGUUUAAAACGAUCCACUUAAUUAAAAACUAUUGCUUUUCAUGCAAAUGACAAUGAAAAUUUCGAGGAGAUUGAUUUUCGAUUGUGGCUCGCGAUCUUCAAUAAUCUCUGAGAGUUAAAGUUUAUCAGCAAGAUAUGGAUAAGAUCACAAUGUACUCUGGUAGAGAUUAACUCAUUGAGUUCCCGAACAAUGAAAUAUAAGAAAACACGACUUUAAUGAAAAAACAAAAACAACAAAACGAACUCGACAAAUAUAUUUUCUAAUUAAUCUGUAAAACGAGUCGUUUUGAUAUACAUGACGGAAUACGUUGCACUUUUUAUCGUCGACAGGAUAUAACCGGCUUUUUAUAAAAUUGACUCCUGAUAUAAUUAAUCAACCAAAAAGUGACAAACAAUGGGGAAACCCCCCCCCCCCCCCCCCCCCCCAAAAAAAGAAGAAAAGUUGGCUUAUCGGAUCUAAGGUUACGUACAAAAUAGCACAGUCAGUUUCGGAAUGCAAUUAAUUAUUGAUUUUCUUUAGAUUUAAAAUUCAAAGGUAAAAUGAUGCAAACGUGUGAAUGAUGAAGGAUGGAUAUAGAGUUAAGAGUUAAGUAUGUUACUUUUAGUAUUGUUUAAAAUAUACAAAAGCCUAUUGUUUGUAUCGAUCAUACUUACUCUUUUGUCAUGAGAUGAAGCAACUUUAAAAAUUGCGAUAUGGCAUUGUUUAUUGUUGAUGGUCCCUAAUCCUGUAACAUAUACGCAACGAUUUAGUGGCUAAACAUUAAUAUAUAAGUGUAAAUAUUUUUUUAUGUUCAUAAAAGUUAUAUAGGUGUUCUUAAAUUGGUUAUUUUCCAAAACUCAACCCACGUUGUUCGACAUCAUUUAAUUUUCCUCUACGCUAAUUUACUUGGACUUCAAAUGAAUUUCGUACUAGUGGUAAAUAAGACCGUAUCACAAAAUUACAUCAGAGUAUGUUUUCAGAAUAUUUGACAUAAAUAGGAGCAAAACAUUAAAAACAUAGUAUCUACUAUCUAAUUACUGAAUUUAUAUAAAUAUUGAACAUAACAUAUGAAUAAGAUGGAAUUCUUAUUUGACUUUUUAUGUGUGACGAUAUUGUUCAAUCAGAAAAUUGCAAAACAUUAAAAACAUUUAUAUCUACCAUUUAAUUACCGAAUGUAAAUGAAUAUUGAAUAUAACGUGUGAAUAAGAUGGUAUUCCUAUUUGAUUUAUUUUAUGUUCGACGAUAUUGUUCAAAUCAGAAAAUUCCUAAUAGUUCUCUAAGGAAAAAUGCAAGUGAAAUUGCAAUUGAUCAACCCCCGAAACUAUCUCAUUUGAGAAGAGAAUUAGAAUAAUGUGAACGUUAAUUUAGGUAUGUCAUUACAACUGUGAUACAGUAUAUGUCGCAUUCGUCAUAAUAUAUACAAUAUCUGUGGACAAAUUAUAUAGUGAGCAUGCAAGUUGUGUGAUUAAUAGAAUCAUCCCCUAUCAUGAGGGUAAGGCAGAUAAAUCUCCAACCCAAGGGGUAAAUACUCUUAGCGGUCUGACUCGAAAGUUGUAGAUUUCUCUGUAAUGUCCUCAUGGUAGAAGAUGCUUAUUUUUCACCCAUGAAAAUGUUUUACUUACUUAUAGCGAAGGUCCAGUUGUUCACUUAUUAAACAAUAUAUGUUUAUAUAGAGAAUUUAUUGAAUUGUCGAUAUAUUUUUGCUUGCACGUUUUAUCUGUCAAAGCCAAGGUGUUGAGAAAACAAAAACACCCCAAGGAUUGUCAGAGAAAUCUUGGAACAGAUUAAACGGGAAUCAAGUCUGUGAAUGAUAAAAGAUCAUCCUGAUAUAUUUGACCGUCGGUACAUUAUUUUCAUAUCGAUCAUUUACACAUUUGAGAAACAUGUUUCAUAUCUUCAGUUUUGUUACGUUGUUUUAGACUAGUUAUAUAGUUAUAUUAACCAAUAUUAAAUUGCCUUCCUUUCAAAAACCUUACAAGGUUUAACCUUAACACUUUAUUUCCACUUGUAUAUUUUCAAUGACAAGGUUAUGUUCAUGUAAGUAUGAACAAUUGAAUCUUAUUAUAAUGUAAUUAACAUUUUAAAUCAAAGAGUCGCAGAUACGCAAAAUAUCACGAUUUGUUAAACUGUAUCAUAAUAGUAAUACAUUAAAUGUUAACAAAUAAUAGUUGAUGCGAAUAGAUGUCUGAUUUUUUGGAUUCAGAACCAUUGAUUUUGUGGAAACGUAUCUUAAAAUGUACGUUAUAUGGAUUAAUUGUCACCAUUUGUAGAAGACUAUAUAACAUGUUUAUGACUGAAUUGACACCAUUUUGUGGAAAGAGUGCCUUGUAAUGUAUAUUCAUCAACAGCCUUAUAUCAGUGUCCUUAAUGUAUUAUUGAGUAACAACCUCCGAGAGAAAAGUUUCAUUUAGACUGAAUUUAGUUAGGAACAAUGUAUUGUGCCUUUCGAUGACACUUUGCUAACAAUCUUUGUCUGAGAAAUGCUUUUUAUUAAUUGGUAGCAACUUAUUGUUUUAUAUUAUAUUAAAAUGCCAUUAAGCGGCAGCGGGGGCAUUUAUAUCUUGCAGGCAUUUUCUAGUAUAUAUUAUAUAAAAAAUGUAUUAAGAAACAAAAGAAAUUUCUGGCAUAAUGAUCUUAUCAAGUAAAAUUGUUUUGUAGUAGAACUGUUCAUGUUACUGUACCUGUUAACGAUUUAUUUUAGGAAGAGGUUUUGUAAAGAAGUGCCUUAUAAUGGGAUGUUUUCAGUAACAACGAUUUCUCCUAGAAGUGCCUUGUAUUUUAGUACAAUCACAUGCUUUUAUUGGGAAAUUUUAUGACCUAUCAUAGAUUAUUGGGUUUUCAUUGAAACAAAAUUAUGCAAUAAAAAGACAAUGAAUGUGUGUAAACGAUAUUUCGUAAUACAAUACGUUACUUUAACUGAUGUACACGCUAUUGUGUUCUCCAAACUUCAUAUUGUAAUUGCUUCGUUUCUUCUUUCAUUAUUAUUACUUCAACUUCCUUCAGCUGACGAGAUUUCCGACAUGUUUCCCGGCAGUGCGUAGGAGUAUUUUUGCUUUUUAAUCGGUCAGGCGGACUGAGGCCUCUGAUUGGUCAAAAUUUAGAUAUUGUCCUAUUUUUUUGAAUUUUGAUAUAUAGGUUUAGUAUGACGUUACAAACGAUACAAACUACUGCAUUCACGACAAGAGGGUUGUUUAGGGAACAUAUGUAACGGUGCCCGUUACAAUUAGCACUUACUUUACAUUAAAGCUGAUAAACAUAUGUCAUAAUUCUUAUACAAAAUGUUUUCGUGUGUUUACAUACAUUUGUACUUCAAUAAUUGUUACAAGGUUCAGUUUCCGCAUGGAGGCUUGGUACGCAAAGUUAAAGCCUUAAGGAACUCUUAUUCAUUGGUAUUUUAUGUCUUAGAUAAACGCAAUAGCAGAAAACAGAACAAACUGCAAACUAAUGGUGCAAACAUUGUCUUCCUGUAUGUUAGCGUGUUAUAACGGACUAAGAUUAAACUAACGUACAUCACGGUGUUAUUUGUAUACCUGUAUUAAAUUUGCCAAUAUAUUGGAAGGUUGGAUUAAGUUACGGUGAUAUAUUGGGCCUAUAUGCAACUGUUAAAGGCUUUUUUAUUGAAAGUUAUGACGAUAGCGAUAUAUUGUCGGUGCGAAACUACUAUUUUUUUUCUAUCGGGUGUUAUUACCGUAGCGAUAUCAUGAAGGUUAUGGAACAUUGCUGUUAUAAUUUUACAAAAUAAAGUUCACUUUUUAUAAAAAAAA